AUGGCCGACAUACUGCCGAACGUUUCAGGCGGAGAGGGAGAUGGGCCCGAGCCUCGACUGGAGGUCGCCGUCGUGGGUGGCGGCAUCGUCGGCGUCGUCACGGCUCUGGGCCUCCUGCACCGCGAGAUGCAGGUCACCGUCUACGAGCGUGCCGCCCAAAUCAACGAGAUCGGAGCAGGGAUCGCUUUUACUGGGGUCGCGCGGGAAUGUCUGCAGCGCUUGAACCCACGCCUGUUGGAGAUCCUGAGCGAGGUUGGCCGAAGGAGUCCGCGCGAGACGAUACGGUACUGGGACGGCUUCCAUCCACGGACCAAGGAAGCUGCCGAGCGGGAAGAGAGUUCGUUGCUUUUCGAAGUGCCAGAAGGUGAUUUGGCUUUCUGGGCCUGCCUGCGGUCACACCUUCUGCUUGGCAUGGCGGCGCAGCUACCGGAAGGGACGGUUCAGUUUGGGAAACAACUUGUGAACUACGUCGACGUGCAGGGAAGCGACAGAGUUGCCUUGGCAUUCGCUGAUGGCAGUACUGCCGAGGCCGAUGUCGUGAUCGGCUGCGACGGAAUCCACUCGGCCACGCGCAAGCUUCUCCUGGGCGCAGACCACCCAGCCACGAAGCCCAGCUACAGCCACAAGAAGUUCUUCCGUGCUAUUGUUCCGUUCCCAGGGGCUGUUGCUGCCUUGGGCCCCGACAAGGCGCAUGAUUAUUGCAUUCACUUAGGGCCCGAUGCCCACAUGAUCUCCUUCCCGGUGAACAAUGCGGCCAUGUAUAAUAUAUUCCUCGCGAUCCAUGACCCGGACGAUUGGCUGGACCCGCACGCCAUGGUCGCCCCCAGCACACGCGCUGAAGCUUCCGCCGCGCUCCGGGACUGGGGUCCGCACGUCGCCGAAAUCGUGAAUCUCCUCCCGGAGCAGCUACCCAAGUACGGCGUUUUCGACAUGGCGGAGAACCCAGCGCCAGCGUACGCGUGCGGACGCGUGUGUAUCGCCGGCGACGCAGCACAUGCCAGCAGCCCGUUCCAUGGUGCCGGCGCGGGCAUGGGCGUCGAGGAUGCACUCGUCCUGGCUGAGCUGCUUGCCCAGGUUCAGAAUCUGCCCGUGGCCGUACGACUGCGCGCUCUCCCGGCUGCCUUGGAGGCUUUCAGUGCCGUCCGGAGGGAGCGUAGCCAGUGGUUGGUGCAGAGCUCGCGCGACAUGGGCGAUAUCUUACAGUGGCGGUAUCCAGCUACGGCUCGGGACAGCAGGAAAAUCAAGGCCGAGUUUCAGCGGCGUGCGAGGAAGAUUUGGGACUUUGACGUGAAUGGUAUGGUGGUGGAAGCGAAGACGGAAUACAGACGCCGAGUGGGCAGCCUGCUGCAAGGACAUCGAACUACUAACUAGGUACUAGCAUUACUAGUACUAUAGUGGUAGGAUCAAUCACAUAGUUAAUGGAUGAUAGGGAACCUCAACGUUCUGCUACCAUCGUGACCGUAAUUACAACAGUCUAG